CCAGAUACCUACCUAUUUAUCCUACCAUCAUCAAAACAACAGCAUCAACAAAAACAACAACCGCAGCUGCGCUGUCCAACCAUGACUGUCCCUCCACAGACUCCCUUUCAGUUUCAACAUGCUACACACCCUGCUACCACGAGCGCUUACCAGGAUGCGAUCAUGAAGGCAAGCACAGCCCCAGCAGAUCCGUCACUUCUUAACGGCACUUCAGGAUCCAAGAAGCAAAAGACGACGCCCCCAUGCGAUCGGUGUAGACAAAGAAGGAUCAGAUGCGAUCGACUGGAGCCCGUAUGCUCCUCAUGUAUAAAGUACAAGGCCACAUGUGUCCGCACUGCCUUCCCAGCCGGAGCCCCCCUCUCCACUGUCUCUGUCGAAGCCAUUGGUGGAGUAGGUCAUAGGGCCUUGCCCUCUGGCAAGAGAGACCGACACCUUACGGAGACCGAGAUUCUCGACUCCUGCCUGCGCGAUGUCAGGUCCAUGCAAAUGAACCGAUUGCGACGUAUCGAGCAGUUCUUUGAUCGACUCGGUAUUGACGAGACGCGUCUUGAUGAGGUUGGCUGGCUGACCGAGCAGAUCAAGGCACAGCAGGAGAGCGUACAAGCUCCUACAGGCAUCGCUUAUCAUCCAGAAGAGGUGAUGGAGAACCUUGGUGCCCACGCAUCCACAUCUUGGAUUCGUCAAUUAAUGCCUUUGCUCCAGGCGACAAAGCGCGUGCAGCAGAUUCCCUCGACUGCAGAUCUAUAUCACAGGUUGACGCCGACAUUGACUUCCACUAAGGCUUUGCAGGCGACAUUGUCGGAGUCUGGCCAAUUUCUGUGUCCCGCACCCAAGCCGACACCUUUCCCUGCCCGCGUUCCACUGUCAAUCUUGAACAAGACCAUGUUUGAACUGUCAGUAUACGACUGCACGCAAUACUUGGGCCCGGUGGCAGGAACCAAGGCUACGUCCUGGAGCGAAGAAAUGCGUUUCCCUCUUCCCUGGCUUGUCCCUGAACCGCAUGUCCAAGACUCCAUGCUAGUUUUGCCUUCAAUCGAUCAAAUGCUUGAGCUGAUUGAGUGGAUGAUCCAGAGUCCGCUCUACGUUUACUUUCCUAUUCUCACCAAGGCAUGCAUACUGAAUGCAUUGUCCACCGCUCUGCCACCAUCUGACGCCAUCUCUGUAGACCAAGAGCUUGCAAGGGAGGACAGCGCACUGCCGCAUCGCAUCACAGGGCGCGUGAGCGCCGUUUUUUUGCUGAAUGCCAUUAUGGCAUUGGGAGCUGCAUACCGUUCAGAUGCUAUCAAGCAAAAUCUGCCCCACAAACUUCUCAGCGGUCCCAACGCUAGAGAGAGGACAUUCCCCGACUUCCAGUUGCUUUUCGACAGGAGUCGUGCGCUUACCGUAUACAUUAUGGACCAACCGCGAGUUUCGACUCUUCAAGGGCUUCUCCUUCUCAUGAAGUGCCCAACCAUCCCUGGCAUCCAGAAUUUAUACCGCGAGCAGGCUUGUGCCAUGGCACUCUCACUCGGCCUCCAUCGAGAUCCUGAGCCAUGGACACUCUGUCGCUCGGUCAUUCAGCUCCGCCGCAACAUUUUCUGGUGCUGCUAUGUGAUCGACGCCUCGUACAGUCUUAACUCGAGUACUCCCGAACGAUUCCCCGAUGACUACAUCACGAUUGGUCUUCCAACGCUCCCCUCGAUCGAAAACGGUGAUGAUAUUGGUGAGAUUGAAGCAGAGAAGGAGACGAGGCGUAUCGGUUUCUUGAUUGAGCAGGCUAAGUUGUGGAGGAUCGUCAAGAAGAUUCGCCGCUGUGGACAGACCUCUAAUAAGUCCUCUGAGAGCUACUGCGAGGGAGCUAACUUGUUCCGCCACGAAAACAGCAGCGCUCCAUCACCGGCGACCAGCUUUUCGCCCCCAUUCUCUAAUCAAGCAAAUGGCACCACAACCCAGACGCCAUAUCAGUUUGGAUCCACCAAGUCAUCACAGGCGCAACUUUCUUGGGUCUGGCGUGCGGAUUCUGCGCGUAGGAUUUUGGACGUGGAGCUUGCCCAGUGGCAGAUGGAGCUGCCCCAGGACCUUCGAUUCGACGUUGCUCUGACACGCAAAGAUGAUCCUUGUCCCUUUGCUGUGAGAGUCAAUGGCCUUGGAGCGAUGUUGCAGAUCAUCUUCAACGAGGUGUUGAUUCUCCUCCAUCAUCCGUUCUUGGUUCUUGCGGGCUCGCAGAGUCAGCUUAAAUCAGAGCAAAGCAUGCAAGAGCUCGGUCAUCAUUUAAAAUCGCAUUCAAGCACAGGCUCCACCAAAAGUCCUCGCUCGCGUAGGUCAAGCUCUGUCUCGAGAUCUUCCACCUCUUCGAGCGCACCCGGAGGCAUGACCCUUACCGAGGAUGGCUUGAACAGUGCAGCUCGCUCCCUGCCUCCAUUCCUUAACAGCUGCACAAAGGCUGCCGAAGCCAUCACAUUUCUUAUCGACCAUCUCUUACGCACCACUCCAGAGUGGAUCGUAUGCCAUAACGAAGUCGAGUCCGCCCUCCACUUUGCUGAGCGCGUCCACACUCUUAAUGUCACAAUAGCCGGCAACAGCGACGCCUUGGACGUCGCCCAGAAAGUCCCCAGCUAUGCUGCCCAUGUCAAUGGCCAGCAUGCAAGGUCUCAGUUGAGGAAGACACGAGCCCUUCGAAGAACGGUCGGCGAACUUGAUCAAUUCACGAUGUCCUCGGGAUAUAGGCCCGAGUUUAUGACGAAGGAGAUGCUGAUUCGGGGUCAUGCUCGCGAGAGACUGGCACGCAGCAUAAGACAGAUGUUUACUCACAAGCGUGGACCAAACUACUAUCGGCUCCCCAGAAGCCCACCAGAGACAGAUUCACUUGUUGACAGGAACCAACAUGAAGUUACAGAGGGUGGAACGGGCCAGGAUCAUUUGGAGAUGCGACUUUCGUUCUAUGACCAAAGGAUUUGGAUUCGAUAUUAUAAUGUUCGCAUCAAGGAUGGACUUGAGUCCAAGAACGGAACCGAGAGCUGGCUGGAGAUUCUCAACCCAUAUACCCCUCCAGCCGAGCUCGAUGUCGACACUGACGGGGAGGACGAGAGUGACGCCGUCCCACAUUCGAUCGGCUACUCUUCGGCCGAUGACCUGAUGAUGUCUACAUACGAGAGCGUGGACUUCGGGAGAAGAAUAGAUUCAAAAGUGGAAAAAGUUGGUUCCCGAGAUGGCAACGAUGGGUCGAUGGACCCACCGCAGUCGUCCUCAACGGCGUUGAUGGAACUGUUCAGCAACCCCAACCCCUCGGGACUUGUGAACUUUACGGAUAUCGUCGGAGGAUCACCUUACUAUCCGAACCAGCAGCAAUUUACCAGCAAGAAGGAAUUUGGGAAGGACUACGGAGUGAUUGAACCUGGAUUCGACAUGCCCAUCUAUUACAGGAGUCCAUUUGUGCCCGAGAAUGUAUCUCUCGAUGACUUCGACAGAAUCGAACCCCCAAUGUCACUCGAGGGCUCCUCUCAGGAACAGCCACAGUCUCCGGAUAUGUUCCAGCCUCAGCAGCAUCUUCGAGGGUUCCGCGUCGGUUCUAACGGAUCCCAGCAGGCGGAUGAAUCCUAUCCUCAACCAUCAUAUCAACUGCAGCGACCUGCUUUCGAGGCACGAACAUCUUCCACCGUCGGUAUGAACCCUGCCGUAUCUUCGCCACCAUUCUCUACACCCGCGUCGCCCAGCCUGACAACAACAGAGGGAACCAUGGGCCUGGGAUUAUUGGCGACCCCGACAUCGCUGGCUUUGCAAAUCCCAAUCACCCUUAGCGGAGGGACGUACAUGAACCUCCUUCAUCAACAGUUUCCUAACCAACACAUCCCCGUUCAGUCCCUUCAACAACAGCAACCGCUCAAUGCCUCCUCCUUGAAUGCAAUCCAUCAGAAUCUCCGACAGCCCUUUUACGGUAUGCCCGUAGGCGGAUUCAUGGCCCCAUCUUUGCAUUCGUUGCCGGAGAUCGACAGGAGCGCCAACGGUCAGCGAUCUGCAACCAUACAGUCAGGCAACUUCCUUGUCACGACCUCAACUUCAGGGCAGCAACAACAGCACCAGCAGUCUCCAGUAUCUGCCACGUCCUGGACUUUGGAUGGCCAGGCUACUCAGGGUUCAUCCUCGUACAUGGGCACGUCGGAGCCUCUGUCCCCAACCGUACCUUCUUCGAUCAACUCUUCUGUCCCACCAUCUCCCAUGACACAAUCGUCUCUCCGAAUGAUGCUCUCACCCACCACCACUGAGGCGCUGCAUACCAUCUCAAACAGACUGAACUCCUGGGAUGGUCUCUCGGGACCCAAAACCGACACGCAGAUGGACUAUCCCAAUACCACCAGCGUCAAUUCCAGCUUGACACAACACACCGGAGGCGCUCAGUUCGCCAAUGGCUGGUCCUCUGCUUCCUCGACAUCCGAGCUAAUGACAGGCACCAACAACAGCACACCAAGGUCCAGCGUGCCUAGCGAUGGUGGUGUUGGCAAUGGCAGGAGUGGUUCGACGGCGUUUUUGACAGAUGUGGGCAAUUCAACCUCCCACAACACCGUCAACCCGUUGGCGAGAACGGCAGAGCAUCUGAUGGAUGGUAUCGAGGCAGGUCCCUCGACGUCGCCGACUUCUGCUAGUCUUUUACACGGUGGAAACCACAUCAGUCAUCAUCGUCACCAGGUCUCUGCAGUCCCGGAAGCGCACUUUGCGAACUUUACUACGAAUUUGAAUCCUGAGGACCCUGCUCGAUUCUAUCGACCUCAACAGGAAGUAGGGAGUGAAAUCAAGGACGGAAUGCCCACGGCAAGUACAUGCGCUGGUGCCGGAGCUGGUGAUAUUGAUACAGCGCUGGCUAUGCACAACAGAGGCAUGGCACCUGCGAUUGGGGGAGCAGGCAGACGUACGUAGGAGAAGAGUUUCGUCCGACGAUGUGCCCUUGCGCUUGGAUAUUCAUCUGUGCCAAAGCAAGUUUAUUAUCUCAUCCUACUAUCCACUAUAGUAUUUAAUAGUAAUGCCGGAAGAAAUAAAAGUUCAUCAUCUUCCUAUAUAUCAAGCU